ACAUGGCGGCGUCAAAUUUGUUAAAGGUAAGAAGCUCUUGAAAAUCUCAUAUUUCCAUGUUUAUGUGCAGAUUUUAAAGCGUUUCUGGUCAUUUAUCGUGAAUAAACGGACGUUAAAAUACCUCCGCUGUUUGGUACAAACAUUAUAGAGGCUUUUAGUGAAAAUAAAGGAGAUAAAUACAGAAAUCGGAGUCUGAAGUCAGUUUGUCGUUAUCCGGUGUUUUUUUCUGUCGGAUUCUGUUUCAAACGAUUUAUCCCGACAGACCCGAGAAGAACCGGUCCGAAUCAGACCGAACCCGUCUCCUUUGGUUCCUCCGAACUGAACCCGAGCCUCAGUUAUUGACCCAGAAACCGAAUCUGAAUAAAGACCUGAAACAGAACCUGGAUUUAAGACUGGACAGUUUGGGACUGAAAUGGGUUUAUUAUAAUAUAAAGGGACAUUUUCUCUGUUAGAUUAAAGUUUAUUUAGUUUAUUUUAAACCCUUCAAACCAAAGUAAUAACAGAUAAAUCUGAAAAACACACUUUUCUUUAUCUAUAAGACUCCUAUAAACUGGAUCAGCUGCUGAGUUUGGACUCUACUGUUCUACUGUUCAGAUCUUAUAUUUACAAUAUCAGUCAGUGUUUAAUCUGACAGAUUCAUGUCUAAGAGGAGGUAAACAACAAUACCUUAUAUAUGUAAAAGUACAUUAACUUUAAUAUCAUUGUACUGUAGUCGAGCAGCUGAACGCCCAGUCUGUUCAUCGACUCAGUUAAAAGUAAGAAGAACCAGAACUGCAUCUGGGAAUCAAUCAAGUUUCAUUUAUAAAGCGUCGAUUCACAACAGUCGUCAUCCCAAGACACUUUUCAGAGAACAAGAGCAGGUCGAGACCACGCUCACUGUUUGAUGAAUUAUCAAGACCCAACCUAAGAUGAGAUUUAACCUCAUCUGAUCUAACAUGAGAGACAGAGGAGAGGAACAAAAACUUCCUUUUAACAGGCAGAAACCCUGGAGAGGACCAGACUGAUGUUAGACAGACACCAGGGGAGGAAUACAGAGAGAGAGAGAGAGAGAGAGAGAGAGAGAGAGAGAGAGAGAGAGAGAGAGAGAGAGAGAGAGAGAGAGAGAGAGAGAGAGAGAGAGAGAGAGAGAGAGAGAGAGAGAGAGAGAGAGAGAGAGAAUAGGCGAAGGAGAGAAAGAAUAGGUAAGGGAGACAGAGACAGGGGACAGCAGCAACAACAACAACAGCAGCUCACACAGAGUUGUGGUUGCAGAUCAUGUAAAGAUGAAACAAAAUGAAUUCAGUUUACAGGAUCAGGACAGAAAUAAUUAUGGACAAUGUUAGAUUAAUUUAAUGUGAUUACAGUCUCCAGGCCUGAUAGUAGUUAACUCUACUUUGAUGUUAUUAAUGUCAGUGAGGCUGAUGUUCACGUCUGCAGUAACAGUCCAGAGGGACCUAAGAGGAGACGGAGCUCAGGGCCUGAGAAGGACAAUCGUAGAUGAUUCAGCUGGAGUCAGACAUGUGUCCACAGCAGCAGACCGUCUGAGGAGUAUUUAUGUCCUUCACUUCAUGUAGCUAAGAUCUGUUGUUCAUUCAUUUCUUCCAUUAGGGGUAAAUAAUUAUCCAGAUCAGAGUCUACAUACCUCCAAAUAUUCAAGUUAUAAAAUCGUUUAUCAGAGAAGAGAGAGCUAAGAAGUGGUUUUGCUUUAUUUGACUUGGUAAAGUCCAUAUUCCUCCUUUUAGAAGACGUCCACAGCAGCAGCAGCAGCCUCACCAAACUCCACCUCAGUUACUCCGUUCUUUUUUUAUAGUUUUGUGUUUCUGAAUCUCUCUCUCUCUCCUCUUCUCUUCUUGUUGCUUCUCUCUCCUGCCUCUUCCUUCUUUCCCUCUCUCCCAAUCCUCUUCUCCAGAACAAAGGGUCUCUGCAGUUUGAGGACAAGUGGGAUCUGAUGCGGCCCAUCGUUCUCAAGCUGCUCAGACAGGAGGCCGUCACCAAGCAACAGUGGUUCGAUUUGUUCUCGUAAGUAAGAGACGCUCUCGUUAGUCCUGUUGUAUUUCAGAGAGGAGACCAAUGCAAGACAAGAACAGCUGAUACUGUAGAGCUUCUACUUCUGCUCUAGAUCCAGACAACAGUGACGUUAGCCUCACUCUCACUGGCUCCACAGAAGAAUGGUCUAUCGGUUUAUCGGUUUAUCGGUUUAUCGGUAGGAUUGUCGCACUCAUAAACCAGAAUGGAGAAGUGUCGUGUUUCCAUAGUUUAAAGGCCACAAUGAGGCAUUAAACGGAGUUUAUGGACUUAAAGGGAAGUCGUGUUUCUAAGUGUUUCCUCUGCGAAGUGUGUGACUGUGGUCUAAUCUGUUAUUAUGAGCAGUUUUAUUUAAAGAAAUCACAAUGUUCAGCUGGAGCGAUGAAGAUUAUGUGAAUGUUGGUGCAGAACAAACUUUAAAACAGCUGACAGUCAGUUUCUGAGUAUCUGAGUUAGGGGGGAAACACGGGUUCAAGACCCCUUUAAUGAAUAGAGUACACUGGUCUGAGUAGCUUCAAUGACAAAGAGUUAGUAAAAGAGUAAAAGUGAUCAAACUGAGGACGUGUAUGACUCCUCUGUUUGGCCUCAGGAGGGGAAGAGAGAAAGAGGAACCUCGAACUGUGACAAACAAACUCAACAAAAGCCUGAAUUUGGAUUAAUUAUCUCCUCAGAGGGAAAAAAAGUCGAGGAAUAUUCUACCACUAGGCCUGUCGCGAUAAUCAAUAUCGCCUUAUCGCUCGGUAAAUAAAAACGAGGUCGGUCAUUUUGCCAGCCUCGAUAAUUGACGUGCGUUUGUUUUCCUCCUCUCUCGCUACCAAACACGCUGGAUGAGCGAAGAGGUCUCACUCUGCGCAUUUUUCUCGACACCUGGGUGCGGAAUGAACGCAGUGAGUGAACCCUCCUGUCAGUCAUUCAGUCUCUUUGUCUCGGUGGGGGAGAGGGGGUGGGCGCGCGCACGCACACAGACAGACACACAGACUUACUGAUACAGUGCGGAGCAAACGCAAUGAAUGAUGAAACGACAGCUUUCAUCAUUCCAUCAAGCACAAUCAUCCGCGGGGUUGAUUGUGCUUGAGGUGCGCAUGCAUGUUCUUUGUUGACCUGUUGAGGAUUAGCAGCCAAAGCUAAUUAUUUAGUGCAAUUUUGUUUACAGACUCAAGACUCCACUUUAUUUUUUGUUUUAAUAGUUAUGUGUGGAGUGAAGUUUUUGUUGCGUACCAGAGACAAGGUCUGUUUUUUUAUUGUUUGUAGUUGUGAUUGUGGUUUUUAUUUGAAUGCAGUUUUUGAUAAAACAGAAUGUGGGUCCAUUUUAUUUUCAUUGAUUUUUGGUUGUCUUGUUUGUUUAUUAUAUUUGUUCAUCCUAGUUCAAAGUUCUUAAUCUUGAGCAAUUAAAGUUUAUUGCUUUUGACAUGGUGUACUCACAUUAUUAUGCCAUAUAUUAUCAUUAUUUAUAAUUUAAAAAACGGUGUCAAUAAUAUCGUUUAUCGGCAAUAAUUUGUAGCACAAUUAUCGUCCAGCAAAAUUUGUUCUCGUGACAGGCCUAUCUACAGGUAUAUUUUUAAUAAAGAUAUUUAAUAAAAGAGCGACAGACUGUGAGGUUUAUAGUUUGGUGAAUCCAAAUUCACGCUGGAACAAAACGAGAUGAAAAUUUGUUCAUCAGGACUGGAGUCUGUUCUCUAACGACGUGACAGCGCAGUUUUUUUAAACUUCUGCACUGACUGCAAAGAAAAAUGUUGAGCUGUAUUUUUUUCCUGACAACUCGAACACGAGCUCUUCGAAAGGAUGCUGUGAAGGUCCCAGACUUCCCAGACGUCCCAGACCCUCCUGUUUGUUUUCAGCAGCAGUCAGCGAGAGUCAGACGUGAUGAGCGACAAAGUUUUUAAAUGUUCCUGUUCAGGUUUUCAAACGAACUUAAAGAGUUUUGUUUGGAGUUGUGAGUCGUUUCUAUUUUCAUAUUUUCUCAUCGGUGAAAGUUGGUGAUCGUUUCUGUCCCUCUGUCGCCUCCAGAGACGUCCACGCCGUGUGUUUAUGGGAUGAUAAAGGACCAGCAAAAAUCCAUCAGGCCCUCAAAGAGGAUAUUUUGGAUUUUAUCAAACAAGCACAAUCUGUAAGUAACACUUGUUCUCGUCUGUCCAGCGGCUCAUGAUGGCCUCUGAUGUUGUAGACUCUGGUGGUUCUUCAGCAGGUCCACUUCAUGUCUGAAUAAGCGUGUGUGUGUGUGUGAGAUAUGAGCGAACAGUAAAGCCUCUUCACUCAACAGAAGAUCGUUCUUAGUUAUUUUAUUGAGCGGUCAGAUGAUAUAAAGUCGGAAACACAGGAGAGGGAUGGAUGCUGUGAAACUAAAACAUGACAGACACUCGAGGUAAAAACAGGAAUGUUUUUGUUUACUGACUCUGAACUCUGAUCUCUCUGAGUUUUCACAGCCCAGUGGUAGAUUUAUGGUUAUUUCACAUCCUCAACAAUCGUGACUGUCUACCAGUUUUCCUCAAACAUCUCUAACUUGUUCCUGUCGUCAUGGCAGCGUGUGCUCAGCCACCAAGAUGACACAGCACUGCUCAAGGCCUACAUUAUCGAGUGGAGGAAGUUCUUCACGCAGUGUGACAUCCUGCCCAAACCUUUCUGCCAGCUGGAGAUCACACUGAUGGGCAAACAGGGGAGCAACAAGAAAACCAACAUGGAGGACAGCAUCGUACGCAAGGUGAGAGGAGGAGGAGGAGCAGGAGCAGGAGGAGGAGGAGGAGGAGGAGGAGGAGACUGAGAGCAGCUGUUUUACGAAGACAGUGUUUUUGCUCCUUAUAUUCACUCAUUUCUGCUAGUAAUGGGCACAGCAGUUCUGUUAGAUGUACUGAAUCACUGGAAUCAGUUCACUAAAAAGAUUCGUUCAAAAGAUUCGUUCACAGAAUCAUUUAUCUCCAACCUCCUGAACUGAUACACAGUUGAACGGUUCAGGAUUCAGUUCAGAUCAGAGUUUCUGGGACAGACGAGUGUUCGGUUGUGUUUCUUUGACGAACAGGUUUGUAAAAAUGAACUUGUUUAUAAGUCAUGAUGUGUCCUCUGGUAUGAUAUUUAUCAGGUCUGCUUGUUAAAUUGGACUCAGUGAGUGAUUCGUUCACUGAACAUUUAGAAGAAUUCACACCGAACAUGAACCGUUCCCUCACAAACCGCUGCACUGACAGGAUGCUGCAGGUUUUAAACACUACUUAUUACAUGCUGUGUCCUGUUGUGUGGAAGUUGUUGUGGUGACAAUUUAGCAGAAAUAAAAAAGUAGUUUUGUCUGACACAAAUGUUUCCAGAGAGUGAAGUUCACUGCGUGAUUCGUUCACCAAGUGAUUCAGGCGUCGGUCCAUGUGGUCCCUCGUUCAUUUGCCUGGCAAUACUGUUUCUCACUUCAGCUCAACUUAAGUGAGAAACGAACGAAUCACUCGAGGAAGUGAUUCCGUUCAGUAUGGUCACUUAAAAGAGUCGGUUCUUUUGAACGAAUCGUUCGCGAACGACACAACACUAAUUUCUGCUCCUGUCGUGUUUUUCCAGCUGAUGCUCGACACGUGGAACGAGUCCAUUUUUUCCAACAUCAAGAGUCGCCUUCAGGACAGCGCCAUGAAGCUGGUGCACGCAGAGAGACAGGGGGAGGCUUUCGACUCCCAGCUUGUUAUAGGAGUAAGAGAGUCGUACGGUAAGACACGCAGAGAUCAACACAAAGAUGUUCUAGAUUCACACGUGUCCUGGAAAACCUGAUGGACCAAUUUUCCAGUCCUUGAAAACAUUUAGGAAAUGAAACGAAAAUAAAAGAACCAGUUUCUGUUGUUCGCAGCAGAGUCCUCCUAAAUCUGCUGUCUUCACUCUCUCUGAGGAUCCCUGAAAAGAAAUUCAGAAACAGAAGUUUUAACAAAGCUGUUCACUUCAAAUCUGCAGGAAAAGGUUUAAAAACAGGACUUCCUCUCUCUGAGUUACUGACCCCGUCUGUGUCCUCCUGUCCUGACAGUGAACCUGUGCUCCAACCCGGAGGACAAGUUACAGAUCUACAGAGAUAACUUUGAGAAGGCCUACUUGGACUCUACGGAGAGGUUUUACCGGACACAGGCGCCGUCCUACCUGCAACAGAAUGGCGUCCAGAACUACAUGAAAUACGUGAGCUGCACCAGAGUUGACUAUUUCACUGAAGGAGAAGUUUUAAUGUUAACCCGCUAAGACCUGAACCCGGUCUGAGACUCUGAAACCCUGAGAGGGGCCCCCAGACCCUGAGGUUUAUAAAAACGCUGAUAUCUCAGCUUCUGUAGCAGGUAGAAAUACAAAAGUAUUUGAGAGCUCACACAUGUGGCUUUAAAGAUAAUUAUCUUUUAUUUUUCUGAACCUUCAUCACAUUAUUGAAAACUUUGAACAAACAAACUCAAAUGAAAUAAAGCAGCUGUAUGAAUAAAAGUAAAGACUCUAAACUGGAGAAAAACAAACAGUUUACUGUAAAACAGUCAUGAUAAAGUGUCCAUUCGAUACAAAUGUAAAUAUAAAAAAUAAAGUGUUAAAGGGUAAACAGCUCAACUCAACUCAACUCAACUUUAUUUGUUAAGCACUUUAAAACAACCACAGCUGAACAAAGUGCUGUACAUAACUAGACAAAACAACAAGAUAAAAAAACAAUCAAAAAACAAUUAAAACAAUGGAUAAAAUAAAAGCAGAAUUAAAAGUAAAAUAUAGUUUCAAUGUUUUUAGAAACUCAUUUAAAAACAUAGAAACAAAUAACUAAAAACAAACCAUAAAACACUAAAACAGGAGCCGAGUCUCAUGCAGGGUUAAAAGCCAAUGAAUAAAAAUGGGUUUUAAGACGAGUUUUAAAAAUGGACAGUGUGAGGGGCCUUCUCUAAUUUGGAGGGGUAGCUCGUUCCAUAAAAUUGGGGUUGCAACAGAAAAAGAUCUAUCCCCUCUGAGCUUCCGUUUGGACCUCGGUACCUCCAGGAGCAGCUGAUCAGCUGACCUGAGGCACCGAGCGAGCGAGCAGGGGUGUAGGGGUGGAGAAGCUCAGAGAGGUAUGAUGGAGCCAGACCAUUUAAAGAUUUAAAAACAAAUAAAAGAAUCUUAAAAUGAACUCUAAAAUGCUGCCCUAGUAUAGUGCCAGGACAAAAACAGAAACUAAAAAAUAACUAGCUAAAUAAAUAAAUAAGUGUGUGACAGUGUGUUCAUCUCUGUUCUCACCUAAAGUCAUGAACACUCACAGAAAACGCUGAUAGUCUGAGCCAAAGACCUCGAUAUAAAGAGGUUGUUCACACUGCUGGAUGUUUCUCUGCCUCCGUCAUUGUUUACUUUCCUCACGAAGAAUGUAGCAAAAUCCCAGCAUGAAUUCGAUCGCUUUAUUAGCCUAUCAGAGGCAGACGGGUUUGAUGAUUUGAUUCGCCACGACUCCAGAAAUGAUUAAAAAACUACAGAAUGUUAAGAAAUGACGUAUCCGUGCUCCCGGCUUGAAGGGUUGAAAUGCGUACAUGCUGUCCUGGUUUAAAUGGGUUA